GCCGCUCGGGCUCGGGCUCCAGCGCACCCCGGGCCAUGCCCUGCUGCAGCCGCGGCAGCACGAGCAGCUCGCUGGCCGCCCGCUGCCCCGAGGGGACCCCCCGUAGCGGGCUUUGCCCGGCGCGAGGAUGAGGAGAAGCCGCGUGCAGCGGAUGGUCCUGGCCACUUGUCUGGGCUCUUUCCUCCUGGUGAUUUUCUACUUCCAAAGCAGCCUGAACCCAGCUGCAGAGGAUAGGAUCCUGGGGACCAGCUGGCACGGGAAGUCAGGCCGAAGUCCACUCCAGGCACUUUACGACAGUGACCAGUUCGAGCAGUCAUCACUGCAGGCCACUCACCAGCAGAGGCGGGACCUGCUGAGCAGCGUUUGCAGCCGCUACACCCGCAAGCGGCGCCUCCUGACGCCUGAUGACUUGCGCCACCUGGUGGUGGAUGACGUGCAUGGGCUGCUCUACUGCUACGUGCCCAAGGUGGCCUGCACCAACUGGAAGCGAGUCAUGAUGGUUCUGACUGGACAGGGCAAGUACCGGGACCCUCUGGAAAUCCCAGCCAAUGAGGCCCAUGUCUCGUCCAACCUGCGCACCCUCUCCGAGUACAGCACUCCCGAGAUCAACCAUCGCCUGCGCAACUACCUCAAGUUCAUCUUUGUGCGGGAACCCUUCGAGCGCCUGGUCUCGGCCUACCGCAACAAGUUCACCCGCCGCUACAACACGGCCUUCCACAAGCGCUAUGGCACUAAGAUCAUCCGCCGGCACCGGCAGGAGCCCAGCAACGAGGCCCUGGAGCGUGGUGAUGACGUGCGCUUCGAGGAGUUCGUCUACUACCUGCUGGACCCGCGCACACAACACGAGGAGCCCUUCAACGAGCACUGGGAGCGGGUGCACUCGCUCUGCCACCCCUGCAUCAUUCACUACGAUGUGGUGGGCAAGUACGAGACACUGGCCGAGGACGCCAACUAUGUCCUGCAGCUGGUAGGGGCUGACGCCAGUGUCAAGUUCCCCUCUUCCUCCAAGACCACCAGGACCACAGACGACAUGACAGCCCAGUUUUUCGAGGACAUCAGCCCCUUCUACCAAAGGAAACUCUUUAAUUUAUACAAAAUGGAUUACUUGCUCUUCAACUACUCCAUCCCGUCAUACCUGCGCCUCCGAUGAGGGUGGUGGUAGGGGGGCCCUAGAGAACUGGGGGCCUCACCCGUUCUUAGCUACUCAAGGCACCUCCCACCUUCCCCCGCAUCCUCGCUGUUUGGUUAAUUCCUUUCCUCUCUGCCUCUCCAUUCCACUUCAAGCACGUGCAUCACAUGCCGACGCCCUCAUUGGGACUGACCAUGUGGCGAGAGGCUGCCUUGUUGAUUAGCACGUGGAACGCUUGGGCCGAAGCACCCUUAGCCCAUUCCAGUGCCUGCGGUAGAUUGUUCACAGAAGCAGGCUGCUAUUGUUUAAACGUUCAACUUUUGUGUUUCCUUUAGAUGCUAAGAGAAUUCACUGCAGAUCUGAAUCUCGGGAAGGCUGCUUAUUGGGGUAGGCUCCCUUCACGGCCUGUCCCACUAACUGGGUUGUUUGCAGCCCUAUCACAAGAGGGAUCUCAACCUUUGAUGGGCACGGGGAAGAGGACUGUCAGAAUUUUGCAGAGGAUGAUGACAAAAGCAAUAAUUUAAUGUGUAUUGUUUUCUUUGUUCUUCUCCCUUUCCCCAAGCCGCCCCCUUUCCCAUUGACUGAGGAAAGGGGAAUGUGAGCCAUCGAUGUCUUCUUGUGAUCUAGUAUUUCUCUGUUUUUAUCGCUUCUCCACUCAGUUGGGAUUUUAAAUACUUUGUUUUAUGUAUGUAUAGAAAGAGAAGGACAGAUUCAUAAUUGUAAAUCGAUGAAGCUGCAUUGAUUUCAGUGGAACGGCACUGAUUGACACCAGCAGAAGAUUUGGCCUAGAUUGUGUGUGUGUGUGUGUGUCCCCUGAUCAAAUAUGGUAAUUAAAGACCCCAUGACCCUUGUGUGUAAGAGUAGGUGUCAACUGCUCUUUGGGGCAGGGACUGUUUUUUAUUUUCCAUCUGUUUGAGGUCCCAUUGUGUUAGGUGCUGUACAGUCUGGUU